UCCGUCAACAAACACCAUCACCUCCAACAUUCUCUUCUCUAGCUAAAAUGAAGCAAACCAUGUCUUCCAAGCAUCUGCUAGUGUUGCUCCUGGGAGUGGUGCUCUUCACCACCACCGUCUUCUGCGACGGCCACCACCCUAAGCCGCCGAGAGAUCACAAGCCACCCCACAAGCAAUACCCUGUCGGGGGCCGCCGCCUCCUAGAGAACCUCGACGUCAAGGACUCCCAAAAGCCGUUCCCCAAACCCAAGCCCCCGCACCGCCCUCCUGGGCACAUCCUCAUCGAGGAGGCCGAAAAGGAGGACUCCCACAAAAAGCCGUUCCCUGGCAAGAAACCGCCCCACCACCACCACCCGGGCCACAUGCUCGCUGAGGAGGUGGAAGCCGAGGAGAUGAAAAAGCCAUUCCCUGAGAACAAGCCCCCGAAGAAAGGCGAGAAGCCGCCACCAAAGCACAAGCCUCCCCACGAGGGACACAUUCUCGUAGAGGAGGUGGAAGAGGACUCGAAGAAGCCAUUCCCAGAGGACAAGCCGCCGAAGAAAGGGGAGGAGCCGAAGAAGGGGAAGGGAGAGAAGCCACCACCGGAGCACAAGCCACCACACGAGGGCCACGUUCUCGUAGAGGAGGUGGAAGAGGACUCGAAGAAGCCAUUCCCCGGGGACAAGCCGCCGAAGAAGGGUGAGGAACCGAAGAAGGGGAAGGGAGAGAAGCCACCACCGGAGCACAAGCCACCCCACGAGGGCCACAUUCUGGUAGAGGAGGUGGAAGAGGACUCAAAGAAGCCAUACCCCGAGGACAAGCCACCGAAGAAGGGCGAGGAACCGAAGAAGGGGAAGGGAGAGAAGCCACCACCGGAGCACAAGCCACCCCACGAGGGCCACAUUCUGGCAGAGGAGGUGGAAGAGGACUCAAAGAAGCCCGUCCCCGAGCACAAGCCGCCGAAGAAGGGCGAGGAGCCAAAGAAGGGGAAGGGAGGCAAGCCACCGCACGAGGGGCACAUUCUCGUAGAGGAGGUGGAAGAGGACUCGAAGAAGCCCGUUCCCGAGCACAAGCCGCCGAAGAAAGGCGAGGAGCCAAAGAAGGGGAAGGGAGGCAAGCCACCGCAUGAGGGGCACAUUCUGGUAGAGGAGGUGGAAGAGGACUCAAAGAAGCCAUUCCCCGAGGACAAGCCGCCGAAGAAAGGGGAGGAGCCGAAGAAAGGGAGGGGAGAGAAGCCACCACCGGAGCACAAGCCACCACACGAGGGCCACAUUCUCGUAGAGGAGGUGGAAGAGGACUCGAAGAAGCCAUUCCCGGAGGACAGGCCACCGAAGAAGGGGGAGGAACCGAAGAAGGGGAAGGGAGAGAAGCCGCCUCCGAAGCACAAGCCACCCCACGAGGGCCACAUUCUCGUAGAGGAGGUGGAAGAGGACUCGAAGAAGCCAUACCCCGAGGACAAGCCACCGAAGAAGGGCGAGGAACCGAAGAAGGGGAAGGGAGAGAAGCCACCACCGGAGCACAAGCCACCCCACGAGGGCCACAUUCUGGUAGAGGAAGUGGAAGAGGACUCGAAGAAGCCCGUCCCCGAGCACAAGCCACCGAAGAAAGGCGAGGAGCCAAAGAAGGGGAAGGGAGGCAAGCCACCGCACCAGGGGCACAUUCUGGUAGAAGAGGUGGAAGAGGAUGCAAAGAAGCCGUUCCCCGAGCACAAGCCACCAAAGAAAGGGGAGGAGCCGAAGAAGGGGAAAGGAGACAAGCCGCCGCACAAGCCUCCCACCGAGAACUGAGCGCCGUCGUAGGCGAUGUGUCCCUGCAUGUGCUCGUUAUGCAUUAGGAAUAAGAGCUGUGCUUGAACAUACGUACGCUAUUCAGUGCCAUCUCUCGAGUCUUACCGGGCGGACAGCCCUGUAUCGCUACGCUCUCGUUCUAUAGCUUGUCUUUUGGCUAUGUUCUGUCUAGGAGUCGGUUCUUUCGCUUUGUAUCGGUUUUACGCUUGGUGCAUUGAGUAGACCUUGGACGACUGAUGUAGAUUAUCGGGUGUCAUCUUACGCUUUUC